AUGCGUAGACUCUUCCCCAUAUCAUCAUCUCCUUUCGAAACGGCAAAGACUCUUAAAGAUCGAGGCAAAUUCCUAAACGACAGAAAAGAGAUUAUAGGAAAAGUCCCCGGAGUUGAAGUUGGCGACGUUUUUCAAUAUUGGAAUGAACUAAACAUCAUUGGCCUCCACCGUGAAAUGAAAUAUGAAAAGUACAUCGAUCACGUGAUCAGGGACCGAAAAAGGAUUGCUACUAGCGUCGUUUGCAACGGUUUAGAUGAUGACGGAUUGGAACAUUACGAAGUUUAUAUUUCUACUGAGAUAAGAGAAAAUGCUGAAUUAUUAGUUAAUAGCUUUAAUGUUAAAAAUGACAUUAGAGUUAUAAUUAAGUGUUUUUUGAAGAAUAGUGGUCGCUGCGGCAUGGAUGUUUAUUGUUAUUAUGGUCUUUAUAAGGAAGAGGUUGCAUGGAAUGUAUUGAUGAAAUAUGGAAUUGAUGGAAUUAGAAAAGGUUUAAUUGUUGAAGAUAUUUCUCGUCAGAGAGAGGCUGUUCCUAUAUGUGUGAUUAAUACUGUGGAUAAAGAGAGGCUUACAGUUGAAUCUUUUGUUUACAAGACUAAAAUGAUUUAUCCUAAUUGGUGUAAACCUAUUCCAGUUCCUCAUCUAGGGUGUGAUUGUGAAGGUAAAUGUGGAGAUUCUGCGAAGUGUUUAUGUGCUGUGAGGAAUGGUGGGAAAAUUCCAUAUAAUAAGAAUAAUGUUAUUGUGGCAUCAGGGGGUGUGAUUCAUGAGUGUGGUCCUUAUUGUAAGUGUAGUGCAGAUUGUCCUAAUAGAGUGAGUCAAAAAGGGAUUAAAUUUAAUCUUGAGAUAUCCAGGACUGAAAGAAAAGGGUGGGGUGUGAGGUCACGUGCCACAAUUCCAGCUGGUAGUUUUAUUUGUGAGUAUAUAGGUGAGGUUAUUGAAGAUGAUGAAGUUGACAAAAGGGUUGAUAAUGAUGAGUAUUUGUUUAGUAUUGGUGAUUAUCAUAUGGAUGAUAGUGUGUUGAAAGAGGCUUAUGCUGUCUUGUGCUGGAUGGCAACGAGAAUGUUAAGACGAAGAACUGUUAUUGUGGUGCCUUGA